AUGUUAAUAAAAAAAUUAAAAGAGUACAUCCUGAUUACUAAAGUGGAUUAUACAAAUCACAGAUAUAUAGCUUAACAUAAUCAAAUGAUUCUUGAUAAGAUAUGGCCUGCGUUUAUCAAUUUAGUCAAAAUUUAUGCAAUAAUUGGACUAGUAUACAUUAUAAUUUACAACUCUUUAUACUUCUAAAGUUUCAACGCAUAACUUACUACCUAUUAUUUAUAUACUUGUUAUAUUGGAGUGCUUUUAUUAGUGUAUAUAGUCAGAAAUAUUCUUACUCAUUUAAAGGAGUAACAUCGUUUAACAUUGAUCAACUUAACUUUCAUACUUAUUGAGACAUCUUUUUAAUUAUAUUUGACAGAAAUCUUCUUAUAUUAUGAAUCUGAUGGUAAAAUUUUAAUAAUAUGUUAAAUGUUUAUAAAUUUGUUGAUGAUUCUAGGAAUAGUGAGAACUAUUAAAUUAAGAGUUAUUUUAUUAUUUAAAUUUUAUAUUUAUUUUGCUAUCAGGAAUAUCACAUUUCAUUUUAAAUCAUUGCAUUCUAUCAAUAUUAUCAUUUUUAUAAUAAUGAUAUUGUAUUUUUGGGAUUAAUAAUUAAUUAGUUUGAGUAAAGUUUCAUUAUUUGCUGACCAAACUUUAAAAAGUAUUCCAAGUGCAGUAUGUGUAUUAGAUUCUAAUUGCAAAGAUGUUUUAUUUACUAAUAGUUUUACUAAAAAAAUGAUGCAUUAAUUAAAUAAUGGUGGAUUAACAGGAACUAAAUCAUUGAAUGUAUUUUAAAAUUAGAAUUUAUCAUCUUAAGAAUCUUUUCUAUCUUAAUCCUUAAAUGAAAUUAUUUUGUUUUUUGAAGCACUUUAACUAAAUUAGUUGUAAUUAUAAGAUUAAUUUAAUAUGGAGAAUCAUUAUAAAAUUGAAGAAUAAAAAGAAUAAAAUUAUUUUAAUUAAAUAAAUUUAAAUUAAGCACUAGAUAUUAUUUGUAAAUCAGAAAAUUAACCAAAUGGAAAUAUUUAUUUAUUAUAAUGUUAAUAUGAAAGUAAUUAAACAUUAGAAUAUCCAGUAAUGAUUGAGGUCAGAAUUAAGACAAAAUUACAGUAUGGAUUGAAUAAGAAUGCAAUUUUAUUAAAUUUCUAUGAUAUUUCACCUAAUUUUAAAUCUUCAUAUUACAAAAAUCUUAAUAGAUUUAAAAGUUAAGUAAUUCGAUCUAUUUCACAUGAACUUAGAACUAGAUUAAAUGUGAUAUAAGGUUUUUUAGAAGUAAUAUAAUAUAAAAGUUAAUUUUUUGAUAAAGAAACAAAUAAAUUAAUAAGAGCAGCCUUUAAUAAUUGUAGAAUAUAGAAUUUAAUCAUAAAUUCAAUAAUAGAUUAUAAUUUAAUAAGAGAUAAAAAAUUAGUAACUAAAAUUUAAAAAUGUAAAUUAAUUUAAGUUGUUUAAGAGACUAUAGAUUUAUUCUAAGAAGAAGCUGAUUUAAAGGAAGUUAAAAUAGUAUUCUUUAAAUUAAUAAAUUAAACAUAAUAUGAAAUGUUAGAUUAUGAAAAGUUUUAAAGUAUUUUAGUCCAUAUAAUAUCAAAUAGUUUGAAAUUUAAUAGAUUAAAUGGUUAGAUUUUCAUUACUUUAAGCAAAGAAAAUUAAGAAAAGCAUUUAUAAAAUUCAAAAGAAUAUGAAAAAAAGCUUAUAUAGCCAUCAAAUCCUUCUUAACUUUAUAGAAGUUCUUUAGAUUUAAAUGAAAGUUCAUUUCAUUUUCCUUUAAGAAAGAAUACUUAAUUUAAGCAAUACAUCAAUCCUAAUAGUUAAUUUUCAAAUAAUAAUUAGGUUACAAAUACAAAUAAUUAUGAUUAUUAUUUAAUAGAAAUAAAGGAUAAUGGAAUAGGAAUAAAUUAAUAAAAGCUUGAAGCAAUAUAAAAUUUACUAAAAAAUGAAGAAGAAUUUUAUGAAGAAUAGAAUUCUGAUGCAGCUUCAGGAAUAAUGUUAGGAUUAAGAGCUUCAAAUACUUUAAUUAAAUUUUUAGGAGGAAAAGAGGAAGAAAAUUAUAUAACAAUAGAUUCAAUAAUAAAUUAAGGAACAACAGUUUGUAUUCAUUUAAAAUGUAGAAUAGUAUAAAUGACAGAAUUUAUGGCUAGCGAUUUAUAUAAUAAAGAAGGUUCUUAAAUUUAAAUGGAAGGAGAAGUUGGAGAAUUUGAUAGUUUUAGUCAUAAAUAUAAUGUUUGGACAGAUCCAGAAAUAAGUAGUAGAACAAAUAUAUUUUAAAAAGUUAAAAAAUCUUCUUAAAAUAUAAAUAGUUUAAAUAGCAACUUUACAUAUACUAAAAAGGGGAGUAAUUAAUAAUAUUCUGGAGCAAAUAUAUCAAGUCUUCUUAGAAAUAAUAGUGGAAGCCGAAUGUUAGUUUAAUAAAUAGUGUGUAAUUGUAAUUAAAAAAUAGUAAUUGUUGAUGAUGAACCAUAUAAUUUACUUGUUUUGGAAUCUUUAUUAAGAUAAUUAGGUUAUAUCUCUAUUAAAACUAAUAAUGGAUAAUAAUGUUUAAAUUUAAUUGAGAAUAGCAUUUCUUAAUUUGAAGAUCACAAAUGUUCAGGAUAUAAAGCUAUUAUUAUGGAUUAUCAAAUGCCAAUUAUGAAUGGUUAAGAAGCAACAAAAUAACUUUCAUUUUUAUUUAAAGAAUAACCAAAAUUCUAAAUACCUAUUUUUGGAUUGACUGGAUUCUCUGCAGAAGAUGAUUUAAUCAAUUUGAUGGAUGCAGGAAUGAAAGAAGUAUAUAUUAAGCCCAUUACUUUAAAGAAUUUGGAAGAGAUUAUUAACAGUAUAUCUAUUAGUGAAAAUAAAGAAACUUCCCAUUUUUCUUCAAAACAUUUGCAUUGUCUUGAACUAGAUUAUGCAGAGGAUGAAGAAUAAUUGGUAAAUGAUUGA